AUGGAGCAGUUGGUGGCCCAACGGGAAGAGAGACCGGACCGCAGCGGAAAUGCGGUGAGAAUGUGCUACCAUGGCCCCGACCAGCUGUCUGAUCACCAGCAGCUCUACUGGAGUCACCCACGGAAGUUCGGCCAGGGUUCUCGCUCCUGCCGCGCUUGCUCUAACCGCCAGGGUCUGAUCCAGAAAUACGGGCUCAACAUGUGCCGUCAGUGUUUCCAUCAGUACACGAAGGGCAUAGGCUUCAUUAAGUUGGACUGA